CAGGGCGUGACGCACCAGCACCUGAGCGACCACCUGUCCGAGGUUGUGGAGAACACCGUGGAAGGCCUGGAGAGGUUCGGCUGCUGCAGCAUCGAAGACGAUGUGGAGCUGGCCCCAGCGAACCUGGGGUUGAUCGCGGCCUACUACUACAUCCGCCACACCACCAUCGAAACGUUCUCCAGGUGCGUCAACGAGGAGACCAAGAGGCGCGGAUUGAUGGACAUCCUCUGCGCCGCGUCCGAGUUCGACAGCGUGCCCGUGCGUUCGGGGGAGGACACUCCCCUCGCCCCCCUUGCAUUUAUAAUACUAGUUCGCCCG